CACAAUGUGACGGGAUCCAGACUUCGGCACCACACUGCAAACUACACACAUUGUCAUCCUCCUGCUUGGCCACUUUCACCUGUCAGGGGACCCACAUCCCAAUAAAGCCAGAGAGGAAAUAUUCACGGCUUUAUUAUUCUCUUUACGCUGCAUGUUUAUAGGGAUUGUCAGUCUCGCUGUCAUUAUGACAAUUCGCUCAGUCUAAGGGAUCUCGUGCUGAGGGGAGUUUGAUUGGAGCUGCUCUCACAACACGACCAUUGCCUCUGGCUGUAUUUGCUCGCCUUGUGAGUGUCACUGCUGCUGCUGCUGUUAUUACGGACAGUGAAGUUUAUGUCACCACUGAUCUCAAUGAAGUCUCCUCUGGUUUUCUGAAACCUCCUCCUUCGAUGCUUUCCUUUACCCGACCAGUGUCUGUUACCUUGGAUCAGGAUGGAUAAACACACCUUGGCUCUGCUGCAACUUUUCCUGUCUCUGGUUUGUGGAUACAGUGUUUUAUACGAGAAUAAUGGAAAUCCUGCUCAUUUCAGAUAAAGGAUCAUUGCACGGCAAGUUUGCAUUUUGCUUGUUUGUUCUUUGGCAAAAAGGAAGCAGUCACGCAACCCGUGCGCUCACUACUGUAAAGUAGCAAUGAAUACAGAGAAACAAGGACAAACAAGAUCUAACACUUUGGGGGCAGUUAUAUCAUAUUUAAGCCCGAUGGGCUGGAGCUAUUUUAUUACAGGUGUGCAACAGCCACAGAGACAAAAGUGCAAUGAAACAGUUAUGUUGCAAAAUUUCCCAGUAUGCCGGAAAGGUUUUGAAGAAAACAUGCAGAAAGUAGAUCCUAACCAGUGGUGUAACCUGACAGAAUUCAUUAUGUAUUAUGAAAGUUUUUCUAAAUGCACUGAAGGGAAAGCUCUAGGUAAUGGUUGCUUUUGGCCCAACAGCUUGGCAGAAGAAUUUAUUACGGGGAUCCACAAACAUUUUUUUUCAAACUGUACUUCAGAUAAAGUGACGUGGGAAGAUCCACCUGACGCAAUACUUACGAGUCUUAUUCUGAUUCCUGUAUGUCUGAUGGCAGCUAUGAUCUUCCUGGUAGUUUGGUUUAGUAAGAGAGGUGAUGUAUUUGGAUAAUCCUGCCUCCUAAACCAUUAAAAAAAAGACAUUGCCUAAAGCCAAAAUAAAAUCCAUCUUAUUACAAGUUUUAUUAUAUUGCUUUGCUAAGGCAAAUUCAAAAUAAGUAUUGUCACAUUAUUGACCAAAUGUAACAAAGGGUUUUAAAUAAAUAACAGUUUUUUAAGAA